AUGGCAAACAGUUCAUCCUCUCCAGAAAAGCGUGCAGACAACAAUGUCCCUGGCGGUCUCAUCCCUUUGGUCCCUGAUCCGAAUUUGGUGACCUGGGAGGGGCCAGAUGAUCCCCAAAACCCUAAGAACUGGCCUGCGACCCGCAAAUGGAUGACAUUUGUCCCAAUGUCGUUCUAUAAUCUACUGAGCUCCAUGUCCUCUGCCACGGUCGCUCCAGCAUUAAGUGCUAUCAGUGAAGAUCUUGGCUUCCCUUCAAAAACGCUACUUAUCCUGAGUUUAUCGAUCUUCUAUCUCGGGAGUGCAAUCGUGCCACUAUUCACAGCGCCAAUCUCGGAAAUGGCUGGAAGAGUACCAGUUCUGCUGGCGAUGAACGUGAUCUAUAUCGUGUUCAACACUGCAUGCGGUGCUGCCAAAUCGCCAACGCAAUUGAUUAUCUUCCGCUUCCUUGCCGGCUUAGGUGCCGCAGGCCCUUAUGGUAUUGGCAGCGGAAUGAACAGCGACCUCUUCCAGGCCCAUGAACGAGGCAAAGCAAUCGCAGUAUUUACCCUAGCCCCUCUAGUCGGAACAGCCGUCGGCCCCAUCACCGGCGGCUUCCUCGUCCAAUACGUUUCAUGGCGGUGGUGCUUCUACGUCAUAUCUAUCGCCAUCGCAGCCGUCCAAGUUGCCGGUCUCCUCCUCCUUCGCGAGACAUACGGCCCCGUCCUCCUCAAACGUAAAGCCGCCCGACUCCGCAAGACCACAGGAAACCAGAACCUCCACACCGAGCACGAUCGCGCCUCCACCCUCCUCAUGAAGAACCUCAUCCGCCCCUUCCGUCUCCUCAUCACCCAACCCAUCGUCCAAGUCCUCAGUCUCUAUCUCGCCUAUCUCAACGGAAUUCUCUAUCUAAUGGUCGCCACCUUCCCCGACGUCUGGACAGGCAUAUACCACGAAUCUAUCUCUAUCGGCUCCCUGAACUACCUCUCAAUGACAGUCGGACUGGCAAUCGCAACGCAACUCGGUGUCCGCUACGCCGACAAAGUCUACCAGCGCCUCCGGGCCGAAAAUAACGGGCACGCAAAACCGGAAUUCCGGCUCCCGACGCUCUGCGUCGUCGCGCUCGUCGUCCCAGUCGGUCUCUUCUGGUACGGUUGGAGUGCAAGAAUAAACAUUCACUGGAUUAUGCCAAAUAUCGGCGCAGCAAUCUACUCCGGCGCCACCGUCGUGCAACUCGUUUGUGUACAGGGCUACCUAAUCGACACGUAUCAACUAUACGCUGCCAGCGCAAUGGCCAGCGUCAUGGUCUUGAGGAAUUUGCUAGGUUUUGCGCUUCCACUGGUCGCGCCGAGCUUGUAUGGGAAUUUGGGCUUUGCGUGGGGAAAUACGCUUCUUGCAUGUGUGGCUGUUGUUAUUGGGAUUCCGGCGCCAGUGUUGCUUUGGUAUUAUGGGGAGGCUUUGAGGGGGUUGAGUACUUAUGCUAGGAGUUAG